AUGGCAGCUGUCAUCUGAAAAUGGAAAAACCUUAUUGUUAUUUAUUUUUUAACAGAUGACUACAUUGUCUACACUGGAUUGUCUAUGGCAAAUCACUAGUCUGUUGAUGAGUGGCCAAGGAAAGAGAAGCAGCAAAUGGAAACAACUGAUACAGGAGUUCGUAGGCAGAAAUUACUGGCAGCAUGGCGUGGUCAUAAUUUAAUGUCACAAGAGCAGCUGAAAGAAAUCAUUGGAAGCAAAGCAGUUCCUGUCAACAUAUCACGAACACAGAUCAAAAAGGGUGUAAAACAGGUCCAAUAACAAACACAGACCAAAAAAGGGUGUGAAACAGUUCCAAUAACUUACAACUCCAUAGGUCCAAGGUGUUUGGUUUUAUUCACGAGUUCAUCAAGAGGAUUUUUUUAAAAAGACAACCUGUUUUCUUUAUGGUUAUGUAAAUUAGGUAGUAAACUGCAUCUCAUUAUAAGUAUGAUAUAUCCUGUUUUAGAAAAAUAUUCAAUUAGACAACUUAAGCUGGACUGUGAGAUCAGUGGAUUAAUCUCUUUGUAACCUAUUAGAAAUUUUCAUAUUAAAAAAAACCUUCAAAGGCUGCAUUAUUUUCCUGCUGCUUGCUGUGAAAAUGUGAAAAUGAUAUGAAGAAUCAUACGAAAACAUUGAGGUUGUCAUGUGCAGAGGGAAUAUCUAGUUGGUUUCUAAUGAAGAACCAAUCCUCUUAAAUUACCGGGAGAUAGAAUUACCUUUUAAGAAUUUGAAAUAGGAGAUCAACAGACUGUGAUAGUAUUGCAAAUAUUUACCAACUUGCAAAGUGAAAAGUAUUUACAUUGAUCAGUGUUUAUGAAUUACUGUUACGGAAAACAAUAAUGAACUAAAUGUUUGUUUGAGGAAAUGUCAGGCAGUCAAUAUAAAUAGGUCAGGCAAUAUGAUUGCCAUUUGUGCAGCAGUGUAUAGAAAUUUUGUGACAAGGUGAUCAGCUUAAGGUGGCAGUGUUAUAGUGCGGGCUGUCAUUUAUGCCUCAGCCAGUGUUCAAACAUGGUGGAACUGACUAAAAUUGGAGCCUCUUUAAAGAAGUGCAUAAGCUUCAAGUUAAUGUAUCACUUACUGUUGCUGAUGUUUUAUUGCUAGAAUACAAUCAAUAAUUGCUACAGAUAUUUAUUUUAACAUUGUGUUAAUGUUGAGUGGAAAUGAUUGAAUUGCUUUACCAAGAAGAAAAUAGACCGGCGCAAAUCAUAUUUGAUGAUAUUAAAGAGUGAUUUCACUUUUUUUCCUGUGAAAUAAAGAGUGGAUUUGAAGGACAGAUGGGUAGAAUGCGUGCCAAUUUAAAGAAUUUAGUGAUCAGUGGCAUUGUUGCAUGCAGCUUCAUUUUUCUUUGGAUGAUAUCUGUCUCUAAACAAGACGUUCCCACAGAUGGCCGUGUUGAGGACAAGUACCUGGAGAUGCAGGCGCGGCUGGAGAUGGCGGAGCAGACCAGCAGACAGAGGUUCACAGACCUGCAGAUGCUGCGUAACCAGUUCAAUUUCUUGGUCGGAUUGGUCACCAACAACUCCACAGUGCGCAAUGGGACUGAUUCAGGCCCUUUUUCCAACCUGGUUAAUGAGCAGGGUCAGAAUUUCAGUGACCAGUUGGCAUCCCUCCACCUUCCCAGCAUCUUCACCUACCUUCCUCACCUGACUGGCCACCCUGAGAGUCUGAAACCAGUCUACAAACUCUCCAAUAAUAGAUUUGGAGCCUCUAUAGUGAUUGGCAUACCAACCAUCCGGCGUGACAAGGUGUCAUACCUCUCACAGACUGUGGCAUCCUUGAUAUCUGGAUUGUCCAGGGAAGAACAGGACAUGUGUCUUAUCAUCGUCUUCGUUGCAGAGCCCUGGGACAAGCCAUAUGCAGUUGAGGUUGGAGAUGAACUGAAACAAACAUUCCCAGACAGUGUGAGCAAUGGUCUACUGGAGGUGAUAUCCCCUCCUGCAGAGUUCUACCCAGAUAUGGACAACCUUAAGCAGACAUUUGGAGACACCAAAGAAAGAGUCAGGUGGAGAACAAAACAAAAUCUUGACUUUACGUUUUUAAUGCUGUAUGCUCGAACAAGAGGAUUUUACUAUGUACAGUUGGAAGAUGAUGUGAUUGCCAAGCCAGGCUACUUCUCCAUCAUGAAGACCUAUGCUGACAGUCAGAAGAACUCUGACUGGGUGCUGCUAGAGUUCUCUACUCUUGGUUUCAUUGGCAAGCUGUUCAAAUCCUCCCAGAUUCCAGUGAUAGUGGAGUUUUUUCUGAUGUUUCACCGUGAUAAACCCAUAGACUGGCUUCUCGACCAUUUUCUCAAUGUAAAAGUGUGCAGUCCGGAAAAGGACAAGAAGCACUGUACAAACAUGAUUGCCGAAGUGAGGAAACGUUUCAAGCCAUCUCUUUUCCAACAUGUUGGGACACAGUCUUCACUGAAAGGAAAAACCCAAAAGCUUAAGGACCGUGAUUUUGGCAAGCAGGCAAUAUUCCGCGCCCAUGUGAACCCGAAUGCUGUGGUUACUACAACUAUGAAGCAUUACCAGAAGUACUUUGCCCAGAAGGCUUAUGUGGGGGAGGACAUUUUCUGGGCCACGCCUCCCAAACCUGGCGAUACGUUGGACAUUGAGUUCAAACCGCCAGUAGCCAUAGAAAGUUUCCUGUUCCGGAGUGGUAACGCAGAUCAUAAAGAUGACAAGUUCAAGGACACCGAUGUUGAGUUGCUAGAGGAAGGUUCUACAGGAGACAAUUAUGUGAAGGUUGGGGCGUUCAAUGACGAGGGCAUUGCCUCAAACUCCAUUCCUGAGAGCAUUGGUUUAGUCAAGAAAUUGAGACUUAAGUGCAACAUUGAACCUGCCAACUGGGUCAUUAUAAGUGAGAUCCAUAUAGUCACCAAGAAGGAGGACAAGAGAUGAUAGCCGCAUUCCAUCCAACAGUGAAACAAUGAAACAUAGCCAUCUAUAGGCACAUUGCCAGACAGAGCUAGUCCUGAGUUAUUGCUAAGAGUUCCUGCCCUUUCCUCACACCUCACGCCAUCACUGCACUACCAAUCAUCUUCAUGUAAUGAACUGGUGCCAAAUCAUUGCAUGUUCAAAAGGACACACAGUCUGUGAUUUUGCAUGUACAUGGAUGUGUACAUUAUAAUACUGUUUUGUCUUUUAGUUUGUAUUUUGUCCUUUUUUGAGCCGUGCUCUGUGAAAAGGGGGUUUAAUGCAUGUGCGUAAAGUAUCGUUGCAGAUAAGCCUGUGCAGUCCGUUUUUAUGAUAUUUUUCAUUAAAUUAAGUCUCUUCUUAGUGGAAAUCCAGUAUAGACGGAAAGUGUCAUCCCUGAUUAGCCUGUGCGGACUACAAAUGCUCAUCUGGGACGACACAUUACGCACAUGCAUUGAACCCACUGUUUACAGAGCACAGUCCAUUUGUUUGUGAUUUUGUGCUGGUGCUAGUCAGCUAUUAGCCUUGUUGUGCUUUAUAAAAUUGCAGAGAUCACAUGUCAUUUAAAAUAGCAUAUUUUUACAUUUAUAAGUAUGUUAAUAUUUGUGAAUUAAAUCAAAGUUUUUAACCAGAAUCAUCAUUGAUUGUGAAUGUAAUUUUUAUUAUAUAUUUUUAUUUUGUUCAUGGACUUGAUGUGCAAUCACAGCCUUGAAAUUGCUAAGUAGUUGUUUUAUUAGCAAUAACUGCAUAUUUUCCAUUAGAUGUGUCUAUACUGUUUGCCAAAAAGUUAAACAUUAACAAUGAUUGCCAAAAAGUUAAACGUUAACAAUGAUUGCAUGUAUCUUUUAAGCUUACCUGGUAGCAACAAGCUCAUGCUGAGCAUUUGUGAUCACCUUUGAUGAUUGUUCCGUGUGCGUCAACCAUUGACAAUGUUUUUAAUUACUGCAGAGGCCACAUUUAUUUUUAAAUCUUCAUGCAACUUUGUCACAUUUCUAAUCAUUAUAUCUCAGCUGUGAACUGGGUCAGGUGAGGUCAAAAGGUUUAAUUUAAAAAAAAAGCUUGGUAUCACUCUAGUAGUCAAAUAUUUGUCCAAUAUUCAUGAACAUUUGUCAGAACAUUUCUUUGAAUGGUAUCCCCGCUGAGGUCAUAAUUGGUUCAAUCCGUUAAAAAUCAUGGCCACCUGUGGGUUAGGCAGUUGUCCUUAUAUGGUUACACUGAAACCUUGUUAACACUUUAAACAGGUACAUUUGUAUUCCAAUCUUUAUGAAAAUUGGUCAGAAUAUGUGUUCUCAUGAUAUCUGGGCAAAGUUUGAACAUGUCCUUUGUUGUUUGAAAACAUGGCCAACCAGGGGGAUGACGCAAUUGUCCUCAUAUGGCUGUAAUGAAAUAUUGUUAACACUCAGGCUGUCACAUUUAGUUUCUACUUGAAACAUUCUCAGAACUUUUUUUCAAUUGAUAUCUUUGAUAUCUUGGCUGAGUUUGAAAAUGGUGGAUUUAAACGCAUGGCCCUGCGGUUAUGGCAGUUUUCUUUACAUGCUUUCAGGUGAAACUAUGUAAAUGUACUUAAAGUCACACUUUUUGAUUAGUUAGCACGAACCUUGAUCAGAAUAUGAAUUGUGUUGAAUAACUGAGACCGAGUUUAAAAAUGGGUCUGAGUAAACAUCAAUGUUGAAAGCCACAUAUAUUACACAAACAUAAAAAAAUUGCUCAAAACUGUCCAGUUUCUUUGGGCCUCAGGUGAGAGACCUUUGGCCUUUGAUCCUUUUGUUUCAGCACUAUAUCAGCUUUUCAAAGCUUUCUGUUUAAGCGGGAUGUUUAUAAACAAAGAUUUUUAUAUAGAGGAUUGUACAUGUAAGUGUAAUAUGAUUGUGUUCGUUAUUUGUUCAUAUGAAGUUAAUAAACCCUAAAUAGUUUAUUAUGCCCCCCUUCGAAGAAGAGGGGGUAUAUUGCUUUGCUCAUGUCUGUCUGUCGGUCGGUCUGUCCGUCCACCAGGUGGUUGUCAUAUGAUAACUCAAGAACGCUUGGGCCUAGGAUCAUGAAACUUCAUAGGUACAUUGAUCAUGACUCGCAGAUGACCCCUAUUGAUUUUGAGGUCACUAGGUCAAAGUUCAAGGUCACGGUGACUCGGAAUAGUAAAGUGGUUUUUUGAAUGAUAAUUCAAGAAUGCAUACGCGGCCAACAGGGCACACUCUGAACAAUAUUACUGAAGCAACUGGUCUGUAAUCCUAAAUCUAUAAUUAUCAGUCCAAUGAAACAUCAUCCUUUAAGUAAAAUACAGUAGAUCAGUAAAAUAUUAUCAGAAUAUGAGAUUUUUUGUAUAUUUCGUAUAUUAAAUAUUGUGUUAAUGUUUAAUUUUGUUGAAAAAUAUAAAUAUAAGCAGGACAGGGGAGGUAAUACACUACAGGGGAAACAAAUGCAAUAAGUUUAAAUUUAUUGUUACAGAUUUGCCUCCCUUGUAAUAUAUUUAAAUUUUACCAAAUGUAAGGCUAACUGCAUUUUUGUAAUGCAUACUACUACUACUACUACUACUAUUACUACUACUACUACUACUACUGCUACUACUGCUGCUGCUGCUGCUGCUGCUGCUGCUACUACUACUACUACUACUACUACUUCUACUACUACUACUACUACUACUACUACUACUACUACUACUACUACUUAGCAACCCCCACAAAAAAUUCAACUAACAGAACUCUUAAAUGUUUCUAUAUAAUCUGAAAGAUCUCAUUAAAUCCUGCUCAGAUCAGUUUGUUUUAUUAAUUUAUCUCAACUACAUACAAAGUUAUGGUAAUUUGAAUCUUCGGAAAAAUGGCCAUUUUGGUGAAUUUUUUCCCUAUAAUAAGCUUUUAAGUUGCUCGUCGAUUCGCGGACCCGCUUUAAAUGAUAAUUUGUUUCUUUUUUCUGUAUAAUUUUUUCUAUACAUGGUAUCAAAUUGAAAUUUGACAUACUGAUGGCAUUUUUCCUGUAGAUUACAAUAAAAGCAUUAUUUUGAUGAUCAGAAAUAAAUAUAGUACCCUAAUUUUCAUUCAAAAAAUGUUAAUUUUGUUGUUUUUUUCAUAACCUAAAUUGUUGUAAAGGAUAACACCACAACAUGCACUUUUAAACAGUGAAAAUCUUUAAUAAGUCAAUACCAGUUACCACAUUCAACAAAUAAACAGCAAUAAUGUCAAGUGCUUACAUAUGGAACAUCUCAAUACAUGUAUUUCAAUACAAACACACUCAUGCUACACACAAUUUACUUUUAUUUAGCAAAGUAUCUCAUUUUUCAAAAGUAGGUGCUUUUGUACAGUUCGUACGAUUCCUGAUAGCUCUCGUGUUCGGAAAACAUCCAUUGUCUUCCACCCUUUAAACAGUCAGGAACCAUCCCAAAGUCUAAAAUAAAUUCUACAUUCACAGUUUGGAUGUCCUGUCGCACUGGCCAAACAAACACUCCCUUUUCCUUACAUGAUGUCAUGAAUUUCACUUUUACUAUAUUUUCUUCUUUUUUUACAGUACAACCUGGGUACCAGUUGUCAUGAUAGGCAACAAUCACAUAAUCAGUCUCUUUAAUGUUUUCUGUCUGAACUUUUUCAGGACACCACCUUUCCACAUCUUCACAUUCAUCAUUUUCAUCAGUUUCUACUACUUUUUUCUUUUUGUACUGCCUAGGUUUUUUGCUCACUUCAUUUAUCAUAUUCUCCGAAAUUUCACUAUAAACACGUUUCUCCUGAUUGCGGUGUUUAAUCUUCAAUUCCUUACCCCCCUUCCUUGCCUUUUUCCACAACGCUACUUUUUCUUUUUUAGUCAUACCAUCAUACCAUCUUUUCAUCUGCUCACGAUUUCUUUUCAGCAGGUGAACAGAUGUGUGAUGAUGGAGAGACGCAUUGGGGCGUCUUUUCUGUGAACUGUCUAGAUCGCCAAAAUGAUGUUCGCAUGUAGAGUGGGCAAACUUUGUCCUGUCUAGGUCACUUUUACUUGUUGCACCACUGAACUGUCCACCAGGCAGAAAGUCACACAGUUGCUUUUCGAUGCACUUUAUCAUGGAUUUUGCAAUGCACUGGAUGGUACCUAAGGCGUCAUUAUUGUCUGGUUUAAUAUUUUUGUGAAUUUCAACCAGGUAUCUUUCUUUCUGGGCGAUGUCAUACUCUGUCUGCCAAAAUUCUGUUCCAUUUAAAAGUUUUUCAGGAUUAUCCUUAAUCUCACACAGGAACUUGUGCAGUGACUGUACAUGGGGAUAAAGUUCCAGAUAUGGCACACUUCCUGAUGUGAUUAAUUGCCAAAAGGACCAGUCACAUGGACAUACAUCAAGCCGGUUGCAGCUAACAAUGUUGCUAUCCUUGUGCAGUGCAAAUCAGCAGAUACGGCCUGAAUUUUUCUGUUCGGUUUUUUUACCGUUUUAAUGACAGUCAGGAACUCUUGUCGAUGGACUAAGAUUUCAGCUGCCGUCUGAAAGAGGCAGUUGAACCGGUUGUCGCGGUAGUUCCCGAUUGUUGACUUGAUUCCUGGAACAAAAUGAUUAAUGAAAUAUUUUUGGCCCCAAAUUGCAUGUCAUUUUAAUAAUAAAUGAUAUUAUGGUUGCAGAAUAUAUUUUUUUACUUUAUAAAUAUGGAGUAACAAUUUUAAGAUUUGUAUUGUUAAAAGUAUUGAAGUGUUGAAACUACCAACUAAUAAUUUUAAUAUUGUCAAUUCAGUUUUCAAGAUUUGUGUACGCAUUUUAUAGUGGGGGUUUACAUAUUUACCAUUGUCCCUGCAGUAGGCCUCCCAUCUGUCACGCAGUCCAUAAUGUUCCCCGGCAGGUCCGAAGGUGUCUGCAGUGGUUCGCACAACACGCUCAAUCACUGUCCCCCCUUUAGACCAGAAUUUAAAUGCUGGCAAUGAGUCACGACCAAGGGGGCCACCUACUUCACUCAGUUCCUUUUCAAGUAAUUUAAUGUCUGUACAAACAUAUCUGUGAAACCCGAGCAGCACAUGCGCCAUGCAAUGGAAGUUUUUUACACUUUUCACUUCUGUUUCAGAACUGCAAUUUUUCAACAAGUCAUCUCUCCAUUUGUUCAGCAGUUUAUCAGCCAACUUUUCAUUUGAGGCUCUAUCACUCAUGGUGAAUGCCAGUUUUGCCAGUGAUGAGACAAUAAAGUCUUCUGACGAAUUUCCAUUUAAUGAUCCUAAUUCGCUUAAUUGUUCUUUUGUUACAUUUUGAAUAGUUUGCGCGGUUUCAUUGGCUAUGCGUGUAAACCCUAAACUAGCAAUUUCUCCAUUGUCUAGUGUAAUGGAUGUGUCAACAAUUUUUUGUUUUCUUCGGGUCGUUCCAUCUCUACCUAGACCCCAGCUUUGACUGUUUUCCAACUUUUCUGCCAAAAAAGACUUUGCGAUGAACUGUCCUUCAUCUACAAUUCUUUGUACAGAUGUGCUGUUUGGCAAUGCCCCUUUCGCAAAACACUUGUCAAAAAUUGUCUCACUUACAACAGAAAUCACUGGACUUAUUUUGUCAGUCGCUACCUCUAAGCCAGCAAGCUGGAUAACGCACAUUCUGAAAUAUUCACUGUAUGUGUUAUUCGAUUUACUUAUUACGUCUGUAUAGUCCUUUGUCUCUUUUAGUUUGUGGUGAAAGUCCUCAAUCAGCAGAUCAUUUUCCUCGGCUAUUAAUGUUAGUCGUUCUAAUUUCUGUCUCAAGUCUGCAUUUUGUUUUACUAAUUGAAUUGCGGUCACUUUUUCGUCGGAAGUCUUUAACUUCUUAAUUUUCUUUCGUAAACUGCUGUUUGACUUUUGAGCCAAUCUCUUUUUUUUAAUUUCAGUUCUCAGUUGCAUGUUUGCAAGCUCAUUGUCACGUUUUAGAUUCUUAACACUUUCAACUGACUCAACAAGCAAACAGUUUUCAUUUCGAAGCAUUUCAAUUGUUUCUCUAGCAGUCUGAAGCUUUUUGGCCUGUUUGCGCACAAGCUUCUGUGCAUCACGAAGAGACUUUCGGUUCAGUUUUGCAGCUUCGUCUCUUUUGUUAAUGUUUUUCACUGAAUAAUGCCCAAUACGCUGUUUGCACUCAUUUAAUUUUAACUUCUCUGUAGCUAUUUGUUCUUCAACUUUUCUAAAUUUUUUCUCAUUUUCUGACACAUGUACUUUUGAAAAUUCAAUUGCUUGGUGUCAUUUCCACAUUCAUCCCCAUCGCCAAUGUCUAUUUGAGUUCCUUCAGUUUGAGGCCCUUCCUCGUUCAACACAGCACAUAUUUGCUCACAGCCUUGAGCAACUUGCACUGACUCACCAAUGGCUUUAACAGUUUUCUUAUUUACACACACAUUGAAGUCUUUUCUUAGUAAUUGUUCAACUGUUUGAAAACCAGGAACUUUCUUUUUACUUACUAACUUCUUUUUACAGUCAAGAACACUGGUUACUUUUGAAGUCAGUGUUGAUGGGGACACAUUCUUACAGUCAUCGUUUAGCAGGCACAGCACUUCUACAAAAUGUUUUAAUGUAUAACCAUUCUUCUUCGUGAAGUUGAAUAUUUCAACGACAAUGCCAUUUGUCAAAGUAAUGGAUUUUUCAUGUUUCUUGGUUAUGAUGGAGUUGUAGCAGACUCCCACUUCCUUGCAGAAGGGACCUGGAUACUCCAUCACUACUCAGACAACUUUAUCGUAGCCACUGAAAAAAUAACAAGACAUAUCAAAUAUAUAUUUACUAUUAAAAUGCAUAUAAAUUUUUUAUUUUUUUUUGUCGUUAUCCUUCAUUAUUUGACAGCUUUGCAAAGUCGCGAAAAAUGGUACGAACAAGACGAAUACAAUUUUAAUUUCGUACCCAAUUAAAACAAUCAAUAUUUUGACGUAAAUACUUUUAGAAAAAUGCAUUUAUUGAUCUGCUUUGAUUCAAUUAGUUAUUAUCAACCAUUUUAAUGCGUUUUUUUGAUGUAUGCAUGUUACGGGACUGAAAUAUUUAUUGAAAUAACGCUUGUUUUUCGUGUCAAAAAGCGAACUUUUGCUGCGAAGUUUCCCAUCGAUUCGGAAAGCUGGUUUUAAUAUUUAUAUAAUAUUUUUUAAACAUAAUUCAAACACAAAUAUAUCGAAAAUGACCAUAACAAACCUUUUCUGUAGAGUUUAAGCGAGUAUGGUUUAAUUCAUUUCGAUUUUCACAAACGAUACCGAUUAGCGUAGCAAAACAAAUAUGGCGACUCCCUCUGCAGGUCGACCGAGGUCAACUGUAUAAAUGCGCGUCUUUGUUUAAAGAUGCGGGUACCUAAUUCUCAUUUGCGGAAAAUAAUUUUUGUAUCAAAAUUUAAGUUAGACUUUCUAGUUUUUAUAACUAUGUUCAAAAUUUUGUUCGGACCAUCGGAAGUAAUUUUAUUCAUCGUCAAAGUCAGGUACUAUUUUCUCGGCGUAGGUUGGUCCUAUGUAAAUUUUGAAUGCAUUGUAGUAAAGUUCAUUCAGUCGUGAACAAGAUGACGUCAAUCUCAUAAAUAUUCAUGAUGUGUACAAUAUCCGCAUUUGAAUUGUAAACACACACAUGUUUAUGCAAGUAGUCCGAAAGUCGGCAUUACGCGAUAGCGAUAUUUCUGCCCUGAAUUUGUUCAAUUAACAACAUAUUUACUUAUCAUCCUGAAAUAAUAAUAAAAUGAAUUUUAUAUGAAUAGAAAGAUAAAACAUUUUUCUUUUAAUAACUUUUUAUUAUUUUGAUUUAUAUAAUAAAAUAAUGGUUUUAUUGAUCAUUUAGUAAGAGUGGUAUUGGUUUUUUCCGCUUGUCUCCCAUUGAACUGAUAAGGAAUCGGCUUUUAUGGGGGUUGCUACUACUACUACUACUACUACUACUACCACUACUACUACUACUACUACUACUACUACUACUACUGCUCUCCUACUACUACUACUACUACUACUACUACUUCUACUACUACUAUUACUACUACUACUACUACUACUACUACUACUACUACUACUACUACUACGACUACUACUACUAUUUCUUCUGCUACCACCACCACCACCACCUACUACUACUACUCUAUUACUACUACUACUACUACUACUACUACUACUACUACUACUUCUACUACUACUACUACUACUACUACUACUACUACUACUACUACUACUACUACUACUACUACUAUUUCUUCUGCUACCACCACCACCACCACCACCACCAUUCACAGUGCCAAAAAAGGUAUUCACACAAUGGCUGCUACUACAACUUAUAGCCCAUAUAGGGGGGCAUGCAUGUUUUACAAACAGCCCUUGUUUUUAUUGGAUGUGUUCAGGACCAUUGGAAUAUUGCUUGCACUCAAAGCAUUCAUUUUACAGCACUGUCUAUUUAAGAUAUCAUCACCAUGCAAAGGGUACAGUAAAAAAAUAUGUAUGUGGUCUUUUGUCACAUUAUAAAAGGGUACAGUACAAAAUAUGCAUGUGGUCUUUUAUCACAUUAUAUACCGUGUCUUGAAACAUGUGUAAGCUCAAAACAUGUGCAGUUUACAUUGUGUCAUCUUAGAACAAUAAAUGAAUGAUGACUUCCUAAAAUGUGUAAUAUUGUAUGUUAAUGAAUGACAUCUAUAUUUAAUGUUACAUAUGCUUUCAUUUCAUGGUGGUACCUAGUCAGUCAUAGAUAUGUAUCAGAUUACCAUUACAGUACAUAUUUCUUAUUUUAUAAGUAAUUAAAUUUAUGUCUGUUAAAUCUACAUUUUUCAGUUGAAAUAUUGAAGUUUACCAUAUUAGAUUAUGCUAGUCAGUCUCUUUGUUUAUAAGUUUGAAUUUUAGUUGUUUUCAACAUAAUUUCAGUCAUGUCAGUUAGCCAACUCACGCUUUUCCUUUGUCAGAUGGUUUACCAGUACAAAGUGCACGUACCUUAAUGCAGCAUUAUUUGAUACACAUUAUUAUGUAUGUUCAAUUUGGAAUUUUAAUGUUUUUCAAUCAUUUUAUUAACCUUUGUUUACUUUGCACACUUGGAAAUGAGCUGUGAUCUGUGAAAAAGGAGUUUAAUACAUGUGCGUAGUGUUCUUCCAGAUUAGCCUUUGGCUAAUUAGGUACAACACUUUCCGCUUUUAAGAUAUUUUUCGUUUCAAGAAAGUCUCUUUAGCAAAAAUCAAGUUAAGGCAGAAAGUGUGGUCCCGGAUUAGCCUGUGUGGUUUGCACAGACAAAUCUGGGACGAUACUUUACGCACAUGCAUUAAACCCCCUUACAACACAGAGCACGGCUCAUAUGUAUUGUAUUCACACAUAAUAAAGGGAAAUGGUAUUUAUUUGUUGAACCAAAGAAAGCAUGUUUUUGUGUUUGCCCAAAUAGUAUUAUAUACAGUAAUAACUUAUUUUUAAGCAUAAUUUAUUAGCUUGGCAGUAUUAUUAAAUAAUUUCAUGUUUAAAGUAAAUUUGGUAAUACAUCAAAUACUUCACAUUUAUGUAUUUAUUGUUAUGAUUAAAUGCAUGGGCCUCCUUCAAGAGACAUAAUGGUUUUGCAGCUUAAAACAGUUAUGAUACAGAAGUGUUCAAAAGCUUACUGCUUCAUAAGCGCUUUUUGUACUGCAAAUAUUCCAGUGGCAUUGUAGUGAAGUACACUAUAAAACCAUGCAAACAAUGCACACUUCAUUUACAACUACUAAUUGGAGGAAUAUAAAGGUAUAUUAAUUUUAAUUCUCCUAGCCAUUCUCUUGUUUUGUUAUUAUUUGUUGUUGUUUUUUUAACACAAAUGUUUUAUUAAACUUAGAAGGUUACCAUGCAAAUCAAUUAUUCAACACCUAAAUGUUUGAAUACCAUUUUUUCAAUACAAUAAUUUAAUGGAUGUUUGUGUUCUUAAGACUAGAAUGAAAUGUUUUUACAAGAUUUAACUUAAGCAUUUCAUCAAGGACUCGAGUCCGAAAACCCAUGUUCUUUACUUUUUUUGGUCAUACUUUCUUAAGGAAUCAAAUUGAUUGUGCCUGUUGUUUAUACCAAGAUAAAUAGUUCUGCAUUUUAGCUUAUAUCAUCUUUACCAACCAAGUAAAUAUGAUUGAUAAAUUGUCAAAUUUAAACUUGCAUUUGAGCCCUCUUUUAUGAAAACUGGACUUAAUGCAUGUUCAUGAACAAAACAUUCAGUCCAGGCAGAAAGUGUCAUGCCAGAUAAGCAUUUGAAGACUGCUCAGACUAAAUACAGGAGGUUCUAAAUGCACAUGCAUAAAGCUCAGUUUUCUUUAAAAAAAAACUGCUAAUUUUUAAUCAUCUCAUGCCUGUAAAACUAUGUUCAUUGUUUCAUUACACAUUGUUGUAGUCAAAGAAUCAUUGUGAAGUACACAGUGCCUUGUUUUCAAUUUACUUGUUGUUAUGUUUGUAUUUUGUAUUUUAAACUUUGGAUCAAAACUACUGUAAUUGAGCAGGUGCUUGUUCUAGACUUACAUAUGUUGUCUUUGUACUUGCAAUUGUUGUUUUACCAUUUUGUCUUGGAUUUUUAAAGAUAAUGUAUUUAUUGUAAAAGAUAAUAAAAAGUGAGUCAUUCUUGCACAAAUUUUAAAUAAAAUAAACCAUUAUUACAUUACAGUAUUUUUUAUGAUUUGUAGAACUUAACACAUAUGUUUACUGAAUAUGAAACAACAACUCAAUAGAUCAAUUCGGUUAAAUAAUUAUAUGGGUCUCGUACUUUUUGUGCUAGUCUUGAGGUCUAGUAUAAAGUACUUCCACACAAAUGUAAGUGUUCAGGCAUUCUUUAAAAAUGUUUUACAAAUUUGUAUAACUAUGUUAAAAAGCUUUUAUGAAGCAAUUAAGUGGCUAACAUACUUUUGUUCUGAAAUAUCAUUUGAAAUGUCUUAUAUAAAUAUAUUAUAAAAUACUUGCAUAAUUUCAUAUUUGUACCAAUAAAGAGACCACCUCAA